CCAGCAAAUCGAGUCCUGACCCGGCCGCCCCCUGAUUCUUAGUCUUCGCGAAUCCCUCCACCCUUAUUGUUCUCUCCUCUGCGUAGUGCGUAGCGACGACGACAAACCAGAGAGGCAGAGACGCCGUCGGCGCCUUGCUCCGCCAACGCGAAGUCGCCGCCCGCCAGCGCCUUCGCUCCGCCUCCGCGACCUCGCCUCGGCGCUACCAUCGCCUCGGCCUCCUCAGCUCGCAGCCUCGUAGUCCUCCUCCUCCCCGCGCGACGCUGUCUCUGUGCGACCCCGCCCUCGUCAAGAGCUCCGCCAGCGCCCUUCCUUCUCGGCGAACGCCGAAUAGUGCCCCUCUGCAGGCCUGCACCGCCAUCUCCAUCCCCGAACAGCACGUUGUUAUACUAAAAAUUUAACAUUAUGUAAGUUUUUAACUUUUUUGAAUGAUGAUUGAUGAUGAAUUAAACUUACACGGUCCAUUUUUUCUAUUACCAUAACCUCAUUGUAAGUUAAUAGGAGUUGAUGAUGAAUUGAUAAUGGACAAUGGUUCAUGGUUGUGUUAGUUGAUGAUGACUUGAUAAUGAAUUGAUAAUGUUUGUGUUGAUGUUGAAAUAUGAAUGAUGAUUGAUGAUGAGUUUGAAUUUUGAUACUUUAAUGUUUGUGAUUAGUAAUGUAUAUUAAUGUGACUAUGUGAGUUGAUGUUUCUUAGUUAGAAUAUGUUAGAAUUUCUUUGAAUCGGUAAUUGAGUUUCAGUUUCUCAAUUUGUGUAAGUGUUUCUGUAGGACAAGACCUCUGGCUCCUCGUGGUGGACGUGGUGGGGAUGUGUCCAUAUUGCUACGACUGCUACUCGUGGUGGGAGACCUCCGGCUCCUCGAGGUUGUGGUGGUGCGACUGCUCCUGUUCAGACCCGAGGUCGUGGUGGGCGUACGGGAAGUAACCUAUUCAAGCUACUGAAGCUGAACCGUCUUCAUCAACUCCAUCGAUUCCUGCACCUGUCGAGACUCCUUCUGUUGACCUGAGUACUCCUGAUUCAGAGACAGCUACAGAAGACAUUUUUUACUGCGAGAAAUGGUUGAAGACGGUGGGUAAAGCUCCUUGUUGGAAGGUGUUUAAGAAGGUGAUAGUUGACAACUACCCGAUGAGAGAGUGCAUACAAUGUCAUACUCUAAUCAAAGCUCAUCUUCAAAAAAAUGGGACCACUGCAAUGAAUAACCACAAGCACUCAUGUUUGGCUAAGUUGGCAGCAACAAAAAAUCAGAAAGUAUUGCAGCCAUCGGAAGGUGGUCAAGUAAGUGGUUUUUGGAAGUUUGAUAAGGGAAAAGCUAGAUAUGCAUUAGCCAGUAUGAUCAUUAUGGAUGAAUUGUCAUUUUGCUUUGUGGAGAGGGAAGGAUUUAAGCAUUUCAUUUUCUGCUGUUCGGCCAUUGUUUAUGAUACCUGGGAGGAAAGCUAUAAGAGAUGAUUGCUUUCAUAUCUCCUUGGAUAAAAAGGUGGAUUUAAUUGAUUUUUUUGAAUCAAGGAGCCAAGGAAGAGUUUCAAUCACUACGGAUACAUGGACUUCUGAUAACAACAAGAAUUGUAUGUGUGUUAUUGCUCACUUUAUUGGAGGUGAUUGGAAGUUGCAGAAGAAUGUGAUAGCAUUUGUUCCAUCGCAAGUCAUACUAGAGUUGAUAUUGCAGGAGUUCUUGAAGAGUGGAAGGUGAAGAAUCUGUUUUGCAUGACCAUGGACAAUGCAACUUCAAAUGAUGUUUCGAUGUGUUGCACACAUCAUUAAUAUGGUGGUACAAGAUGGACUGAAAGUGGUUUGUGGUGUUGUGGACAGAGUUCGGGAUUGUGUGAAUUGGGUGAGGUCUUCACCAGCUAGGUUGUUAUGGUCCAAGAAUGGCAUGGAAUUUCUGCAUGUGGAGUCAACCACACUGGUGUCUUUGGAUGUACCGACCAGGUGGAAAUCCACCUAUACCAUGUUAGAGUCAGCAGAAAGUUUUGAUGCAGUGUUUACAACUUUGUAUUAAAGCAAAACGAUCAUUCACUUAGAGAUUAUCUUGCCUCAAGUGGUGGGCUUCCAACUAAUCAAGAUUGACAGAUGAAUAGGAAGUUGAAAGACUAUAUAAAAGUCUUCAAUGACUUGACCCUUCUAGUCUCUGGUAAGUGAAAUUUCUGAAUUGCAUUGUUUUAUUUAAAUUUUUUAACCAUUUGCCCAUUUCUAUUUGUUUUAUUCUAAUCUUCUGUGUUAUCUUCUCAUUGUACAAGAACUAAAUAUGUGACUAUCCAUAUCUUCUUCACGAAGCUUGUUACGAUAUAUGACAUCAUUGAGCAAUUGAAGAAUGAUUCGGAUAAAGAGAUCCAAAAGAUGGCUGAGAAGGUUGAGGAAAAGGUACAAAAGUAUUGGUUUGAGUCAUGUGUUGUGAAUGAUAAGAACAUGAAGGUGAACCACUUAAUUUAUAUAGCAUGUGUGUUUGAUCCAAGAAGUAAACUUGAUUUGGUGUCCGAGGUUUUGGAAAUGAUGUAUGGGAAUGUGAAGGGAGGAGAAAUGGUUGACUGCACUAGGUCGGAAAUGCGACAGUUGUUUGAGGUUUACAAAGGGAUGUAUGGAUCAAAAGCACCCUCCUCUGCAUCUGAGCCUACCACUGGUGAGAGCACGGCUGGUGGUGAUAUGAUUAAGCAGCUUAUGGAGAGGCUUAGUAAGAGGAAAAGGGAAGCACUUCUGCAGGAUACAGGAGGUAGCUUUGCUGAGCUUGACAUCUAUUUAAGAUGUCAAACUGAUGGCAUCAAUGAGGAGAAUGAUGAUGCCAAGUUUGACAUCUUGAGUUGGUGGUCUCGACACUCUGGAACAUAUCCGAUUCUUGCUGAGAUGGCUAAGGAUAUCCUAGAUGUUCCCAUCUCUUCUGUUGCCUCAGAGGCAACCUUCAGCUGUGGCAGUCGAAUUCUUAGUCCAUUCAGGUCAACUUUGAGUGAUAUCAUGUUGGAGGCAUUGAUUUGUGCAGAGGAUUGGAUAAAGUAUCAAACUACAGGGGCCGGAGAGAAUGACGAGAGGGAAGAUGAUGAAGAGAUCAUGGAUUUGGAAAGCGUUAAUACCACUUUCCAGUCUAGAAUGGAAAGUGCAAGUGAUGUUGGUAAUGUUGCCAAUGUAGAUGCAAGUCUGAACAUUCCAGAUGGGAAUGAACAGGAGGGUGAAGAAAAUGUGCCGGAGGAAGCGUAUGAGAAAGAUGGAUACGACGAUGUUUUUCAUGACCUCUUGCCAAAAUUGAAAGAAAAGGGUUAUGUAGAUGUUGGUUCUUCUUCUAUUGAUAAGUGAUGAUUUGGUGGUUACUUGUUGAUGCUAUUUGGAUUGGAUCUAUUGUAAUUUGUGACUUUAUGAAGUUUAUGACUUUAUGUUCUAGUAUUUGAGACAUUAAUUUGGUGAUUUAAAUCUAUUUUAUAUGCAAAAAUGAUUGAAACUUGACUUGUGGAGUGAUUUAGAUGUAGAAAUGUAGGGUUGUACGUUUAAUUUUAGGCAAUU